AUGACAUCAAAUGGAACAAUUUCAUCACCAAAUAGUGAAGAGACAACCACACCAACAACAACAACAACAACAAUAGUAAAGAAUAGAGAAUUUAAUAUCAAUGCCAAAGAUUUUGAAGAUUCAGCUUUUUUAAAGAAAUUAGAACCAGUUAGACAAGCAUUAGUUGAAAAAUAUAAUGGUGCCGACGACCAAUCAUUAACAACCAAAAGUUUAGGUCAAUUAAUAUUUAGUUUAAUUCAAUUUUAUGAAGAUGCUUUCGGUAAAAAUGCAACUGAUAAACCAUCAAAUAAAACCAAAUUACCAAUGAAAUUAUUAAAAGAUUAUUCAACAAAUGGAUCAUUAUUUCAUGUUUUAGAUACAAUUCAAUCAUUUAAAACUUCACAAGAUUGGAAAAAAUCAGAUUUUAAAGUUGCUUCGAAAAAAGAGAAGAAUAUAGAAUUAUUAGAUUUAAUUGAAUCAAAUUUAAUUAAAUUAGAAUUAUUAAAAUUUCCAAUUGUUUUUUUAAAUUCAGAUGUAAAGAGUGAUAAAGAUUUAGCAAAGAUAGUUGAAAAUCAUGGUGGUAAGAUUGUAACAGAUUCCAAAUUGGCAACACAUAUUAUUAAAGUUGAUAACAAUAGUAAUAGUAAUGAUCAAGCAGACUUGGAAUAUAUUAGAACUAUUGAAAAUAAGAGUAAAAUGAGUUUAGUACAUUGGUGGUAUUAUCCAGAUUCAUAUGAUACUUGGCUUCCAUCUACAGAGGUAGAAGGUGAUGAUCCUGAUCUCGAUCAAUCUCAUGUUGGUCAAUGGUUCCUAAAUCCAAGAUGGAUCACUGAUACUGAGAUUUUCAAUGAAUGGAUGAAUGAAAUCGAUUAUGAAUUGGAUGAAAGUAAUAAUAAUAACAAUAGUAAUAGUAAUAGUAAUAAUACUAAUAAUAACAGUUCAACUACUAAUACCAACAACAACAACAACAACAAUGUAAAUAAAGAUGGUCCAAAAUCACCAUCAUCUCAAAUUAAAUUAACUGCAGCUGGUACUAUACCUAAAAAGAGAGGUAGAAAAGCAAAGAGAAAGACAUUAAAUAGUAAUAAUAGCAAUAGCAAUAGCAAUAGUGAAAAUACUACAGCACAAGAUUCAAAUGGUGGUACAGAACAAUCAAAUGGUGGUGACCAAAUGAAUGUUGAUUCAGGUAGUGAAGUUAAUGAUUCUAAUAAAAGACCAUUAGCUGAUCCAACUUCAACCCCAAGUAAAAAACAAAAACAUGACGAUACUGAUCAACAACAAUUACCACCACAACCAAUGCAACCAUUACAAGAAGCCACCACAACUACCAUUCCAACAGAUGCAGAGAAUCAACAACAAAUAAUACAACAAAUAUCACAACAACAGCAAUUAUUACAAAAUCAAUUAAAUCAACAACCAAGUAUACAACAACUUCCUCCACCAUUUGCCAAACCAGUACCAAAUAUUGCACCACCACAAACAACUACAACUACCACUUCUACCACUACUACCACUAAUCCAACAUCACCAACCAAACAAACAAGUCCAACAGGAGCAGCACCAAUAACAACCAAUAGACCAAGAUCAUCAUCAAAAUCAUCAAAUCCAACAACACCAACAACUAUCAAUACAGCUGGUGGUAUUACAAAUCCAUUUGCAUCACAACCAAUCUCUUCUGCUCCAUCAUCAACUGAUUCAAAUAAUUUAGGUGCUAUUAAUCCAACUACUUUAAUACCAGUUAAUUCAAAUGGUACUCCAUUAUCACCAAGAUCUCAAAUUACUCAGCAAUCACAACAACAAUUACUUCCACAACAACAAGUAUUACCACAACAACAACAACAACAGCAACAAUCAUUACCACAACAACCAACAACAACUACUACAACAUCAGUACAACCACAACCACAACCACCAAAAAAUGUUACACUUCAAUCAUCAUUUACAAUUCCACCAUCACAAUGUACUUGGUUCAAGAUGGAAAGAAUACAUGAAGUUGAAAAGAAUCAAUUACCAGAAUUUUUUACUGGUAAAUCACCAUCAAAAACACCUGAAGUUUAUAAAGAAUAUCGUGAUUUUAUGAUCAACACUUAUCUUCAAAAUCCAUAUCAAUAUUUAACACUUACUGCAAUUAGAAGAAAUUUAGUUGGUGAUGUUUGUUCAAUACUUCGUGUUCAUAGUUUCCUUGAACAUUGGGGUUUGAUUAAUUAUUUUGUAAAUCCAGAUGGUGGUGCUUAUAUACCAUUAUUAUCUUCUAAUAAUAAUAAUAAUAAUAAUAAUAAUAAUAAUAAUAAUAAUAAUAAUAAUAAUAAUAAUAAUAAUAGUAAUAAUAGUAAUAAUAAUACAAUUGAAAGAGAAACAACAACAACAUCAACUACAACCACAACCACAACAACUACAAAAGAAAAGAUAACAUCACCAAAACAAUCGACUUCCUCAUCCUCUUCAUCAUCAUCUUCAUCAUCAUCAACAAAUAAUAUAUCGAAACCAUUUUCAACAUCAUUAGACCUUAGACAAAAUUUAUUCUCACAACCAUUUAGACAUAUUUGUUCUAAAUGUUCACAAGAUUGUACAUUCCUUAGAUAUAGUUUUACACCAGCACCACCACCACAAGAUCAAGCGGUAUCAGGUGAACAAGUGAUUCAACCACAACCACCACAAACCAUACUUUUAUGUAAUAAUUGUUUCACCAAUGACCAAACAUUUAUUGAUCAUUCACAUUUGAUAAAGGAUCAAUUCAAAAAGAUUGAAUUACCUGAACCAAGUCCAUUGGAAGAUCAAUGGACUGAUCAAGAGACUUUAUUACUUUUGGAAGCAUUGGAUAUCUAUAGUGACUCUUGGAAUGAUGUUGCUGAUCAUGUUAAAACUAAAUCAAAGGAACAAUGUUUAUUACAAUUCUUAAAGCUACCAAUUGAAGAACCUUACUUGGAAGAUAAUAUCACAAAAUCAAUUUCACUUCAACCACCAUCUUCAAAUUCAAUUUUAAAUGGUAGUUCUUCAAAUAACAACAACAACAACAAUAACAAUCAACAAUUAUUAAAUAAUCCAAUAGUUUCAAUGAUUUCUUUCUUAUCAACAAGUGUAUCUUCUGAAGUCGCUUCUGCUGCUGCAAAAGCUGCAACUGAUGUAUUAAAUAAAGAAAAUGGUGACUCUAUGAUAACUGAUAAUGACAACGACGACAAUGAUCAUCUCUCAAAAGUAAAUAUUCAAGCUGCUGCCUCUGCUACUUUAGCUGCAACAAGUAUUAAAGCAAAAGCAUUAAGUAAAUCUGAAGAGAGAGAAAUUCAAUCACUCAUAUUAAAGAUUAUUAAUGUUCAAACAAAGAAAUUGGAAUUAAAAUUAAAAUGUUAUUCUGAAAUGGAAAAUGCUUUAGAAAAGGAAAAGAAUCAAUUAGAAAAAGAAAGACAAGCUUUAUUCUCUGAAAGAUUUAGUUUAUUAAAAGCUUCUCAAAAUAAUCAAUUACAACAACAAAUUCCAUCUUAUUUAGUUAAUCAAAAUAAAAAAGAUCAUCAACAACAACAAUCACAAUUACAAUCACAACUACAACAACAACCACAACAACAACAACAACAAAACUAUAACGAUCAACCUUCAGCAACAACAACAACAACAACCACAACAACUAUCAAUGCCAAUACUAUCACUACAACUACAAAUGAAUCAACACAAACAGAAGAAGCAAUGAAAGAAAAUUAA